AUGCCAGAGAUCCCAGGUUUUCCCCUUUCAAUCAGUAGGUGGACUGAAAGAGGUGAGAAUUGUGCCACUUGCGGAAAAAAGUUUUCUUUUUUCACUUCAAAAUCUAACUGCGCAUGUUGUGGAAAACUUUGUUGUUCUGAUUGUGUACAGGCAGAAUGUACCAUCGCGUCCAAUAAUACGCCUUCAAAGGUAUGUGUUGAUUGUUUUUCUAUGCUUCAGAGUCACCGAAGCUCGGUUGGACCGGAACCAGAUUUAUUAUCAGGGGAAUACGGUGAAAAAGCUAUAUCGCUUUCUUUACCGAAGAAAUCCCAGGAGCACAGUAGGGAAGAUAUACCCGUUCAAACACCUUCCAUAAAUAAUUACAUGCGAGAGAAGAAUGUAACCAAUAACGAAUAUACUACUAUAACCCCAAAGCUACUUGAUCAAAUGAAUGCACUAAUGAAAAAUUCAGAAGUUCUACGAGAGGAGAACCAAGAGUGGAUAAAACAAGCUAGCGAUCUCCAAAUGCAAGUUAAGAACUUACAAAAGGAAUUAGAUCGUGCUCAUGCUCAAAUUGUCGUCAAGGAUAAGCAAUUAUAUGAUGUAAAUUAUCAACAGAAGGAAACAGAAAAAAAGACUGCUGAAUUACGUGAAGAACUAAAAAAAUAUGAUAUACGUUUCAAAGAAAUUAAACAGGAAUUACAAGAAUCCAUUGCACGUGCAACCUCUAGUGAAGCAAUUGUUAAAAAAUUACAAGAACAGGUAAAACCAUAUGAAUCUGAAAUGGAUCGGGUUAAUAAAGAAUCAAAAGGUAAUGGGGCAGUUCAGAAUGCCUUAAAAUACGUGCCUCCUGCACGAUAUCCAAACAAAUCUAUUGUACGAGAAACUGUGUUGUCUGUUGUUCCUCCUAAACCACGCGGCGCACUGGGUCCAUCUGUGAGUUUGUCUGAUUGGGAUUUUGACACGUUAAAGGUGGCUGCACGAGUUCCCUCUGUAUUGCAAACAGUUGCUUCAGCGGUUGCUAUGCAUUGGAGUCUGUUUUCUACUGAUGAUGAGAUGCAAAAAUGGGCGCAACUGACAGCGGUGGUGGAGAAUAACUACAGGCCGAAUCCUUACCAUAAUGCGGCGCAUGCGGCAGAUGUUUUGCAGGGUGUGUUUGCUCUCGUAACGGCUGCUCAGCCGUUAAUGGAGAAGAUGACACUGUUGGAACGAAAAGCCACUGCGUUUGCUGCCAUGACACAUGAUGUUCGCCACCCAGGCCGAACGAAUGCGUUUCUGGCCGCUGUGCACGAUCCUGUAAGUUUUCGCUACUGUGGACGAGGUACGUUGGAGCAACUACACACUGCAACGGCGUUUGAAUUGCUGACAGUACCUGAGCUUGAUAUUACCAGUACGAUGGACGAUACCUCAUUUCUGGAGUUUAAAAACAUUGUAACGCGACUCAUCGCGCACACAGAUAUGAGUGUACAUCGUGAGAGCAUGCUACGAUGGGGAGCUAAGGUUGGCAGUGGUGGUUUUGACUGCACCUCGUCGGAAGAUCGAAUUGAGGCGCUCUCCCUCAUUCUCCACGCAGCUGACAUUGGUGCCAGUUCACGUGGUUUGACCAUAGCAAAGAAGUGGCUAGUAGUACUAGAUGAGUUUGCGGAGCAGGCGGAGGAUGAGCGGCGACGUGGGUUGCCGGUGACACCUGGCUUUGACCGUCCAUCGUCGGUGGAACGAUCACAAAUUCCUUUUCUGGAUUACUUUGUCAUUCCCACGUUUGAUCUUCUUCAUCAGUUAUUUCCCACCAUUGAGGAGCCUCUGCGACACCUACGUGCGUUGCGAGAGUCCUAUGCUGCUACUGCUGGUGUUACCACUCCAUUUCCAGCCCCAGUGGACUACACAAACCGUAGUGCGAAGGUAAAGGAACUGGAGUCCUGCAUUGCAGAGUUUCGUAAGCGUGAAGAAGAGCUCUGGCGCGGUACUGAGGCUGUAGAACAUUCAGCCGCAAAAAAUCUUUUGGCUGCUAACGAAGAAGUUUCACGUCUUCGACGUGAAAUUGCCGCACGCGAUAAAGAUAUCUUUGCUCUGAAAGAACGGUUACAUGUUCCAACUGAGUUGCGACGUCUACCCAAAUCCAUUGUACGAGAAACUGUGUUGUCUGUUGUUCCUCCUAAACCACGCGGCGCACUGGGUCCAUCUGUGAGUUUGUCUGAUUGGGAUUUUGACACGUUAAAGGUGGCUGCACGAGUUCCCUCUGUAUUGCAAACAGUUGCUUCAGCGGUUGCUAUGCAUUGGAGUCUGUUUUCUACUGAUGAUGAGAUGCAAAAAUGGGCGCAACUGACAGCGGUGGUGGAGAAUAACUACAGGCCGAAUCCUUACCAUAAUGCGGCGCAUGCGGCAGAUGUUUUGCAGGGUGUGUUUGCUCUCGUAACGGCUGCUCAGCCGUUAAUGGAGAAGAUGACACUGUUGGAACGAAAAGCCACUGCGUUUGCUGCCAUGACACAUGAUGUUCGCCACCCAGGCCGAACGAAUGCGUUUCUGGCCGCUGUGCACGAUCCUGUAAGUUUUCGCUACUGUGGACGAGGUACGUUGGAGCAACUACACACUGCAACGGCGUUUGAAUUGCUGACAGUACCUGAGCUUGAUAUUACCAGUACGAUGGACGAUACCUCAUUUCUGGAGUUUAAAAACAUUGUAACGCGACUCAUCGCGCACACAGAUAUGAGUGUACAUCGUGAGAGCAUGCUACGAUGGGGAGCUAAGGUUGGCAGUGGUGGUUUUGACUGCACCUCGUCGGAAGAUCGAAUUGAGGCGCUCUCCCUCAUUCUCCACGCAGCUGACAUUGGUGCCAGUUCACGUGGUUUGACCAUAGCAAAGAAGUGGCUAGUAGUACUAGAUGAGUUUGCGGAGCAGGCGGAGGAUGAGCGGCGACGUGGGUUGCCGGUGACACCUGGCUUUGACCGUCCAUCGUCGGUGGAACGAUCACAAAUUCCUUUUCUGGAUUACUUUGUCAUUCCCACGUUUGAUCUUCUUCAUCAGUUAUUUCCCACCAUUGAGGAGCCUCUGCGACACCUACGUGCGUUGCGAGAGUCCUAUGCUGCUACUGCUGGUGUUACCACUCCAUUUCCAGCCCCAGUGGACUACACAAACCGUAGUGCGAAGGUAAAGGAACUGGAGUCCUGCAUUGCAGAGUUUCGUAAGCGUGAAGAAGAUGUGUAUCACUACCUGGAGGACAUGAAAGCAGCUGGUAUGAGGCUGAAGAAGAAGUCAGUUGCACUGAAGUUAAAGGAAACUGAGUUGAAUGAACGAUUAGAAGCGAUGAUACAACUUGAGGGACGAUUGAAGGCUGAGUUGGCGGGAUCAAAAAAUGGGCUUCAAGGCAAAAACACGUCUGAUGCUUUGGUGGAUUCUGACUUUGAAGGAAUAGAAAAGGAACUUGCUUGCCUAGCUUCAGAAGCUGUGCUACAGGGUGGGAAGGAGGUUAAUAAAAGUAAAUUGCUUGUAGCACAUGAACGAACUGUAAGUGAAGGUGAAGGUAUUUUAGGUAUAAAUGCACGUUCGCUUGAGUGGCGUGAGAAAAAAUUGGCUGCCAUUACGGAGCGGCUUGCAGAGAUAGCAGAGAGUAUGCAUGGAGAACGGAAGUUGCAACUAGAAGGUCAGUUGCAUAAGGGAAAAUUAGUGCCAAGUGAGUCUACGGCAAAUACGAAGGACAAUUUAUUACUACAGCGCCAGCAAGAUUUAACACAACGUGAGGCGGAGGAGCGAUUGGCGCACAAAUACAGUGAAGUGGAUAAGCUUCUCUUGAUUGUACGUUCAAUGCGUGUGGAUUGUUCCUCACGGUUGGACAGCGAAAUGCGGCGACAACAAUUGUGCAAAAUACUUGAGGAUCGGGAGUUGGCUAUUGAAGAAGCGGUGAAUCUAUCGCGGCAAUGGCGCAAGGAUUUGGCGCAGUACCGAAGUACAAGGAUGGCGACAAAUCAACUGGAUCGACUGGAGUGUGCUAUCAAACAAUUAACAUCAGUUGUUUCUCAACUUUGUGAUUAG